AAAUUAUUGUAUGCUUGUUACAUGAGAACUGCGCAGUGUAACUUUAGACUUCGAGUAAAUCACAUUUCGCAUGAAUUGUGAAUAUAGUAGUGCAAAAACAAUAUUUGCUGUGAACUCAUCUUUAGGAUGCACAUGUUACUUUUUUCUUUAUAAACAACAUCAAUAAACUUACAGUAAUUGUAAUAAAGAAAAUCUGCAAAAUGGCGCUCAUAACGAACUACUGGAGCCUAGAUGGAAUAAUAAUUCUAACAAUUCUGUUUAUAAUCGUCUACCUUUACAUGACCCGUAAUUUUAAAUACUGGGAAAAACGAGGUGUUUUCCAAAUAAAACCAACACCUUUCGUGGGCAAUUUUAUGGAAUGUCUACUUCUAAAGAAAGCCCCAUCAUAUUAUCUAAAAGAGCUCUACGACCAAGCGAAGAGUGAAGCUUAUCUAGGUUUCUAUAUUUUCGAUAAGCCUUUCUUACUCCUUCGCGAUCCUGAAAUUAUUAAGAGCGUUAUGAUAAAAGACUUUAAUACCUUCUUCGAUCGAUACGCCUCGUCUGAUCCGAAUGAUCGUAUGGGUUAUGCCAAUCUCUUCCGUAUCAAAAAUCCAGCUUGGAAAAUUGUGAGAACGAAAUUGACGCCAUUCUUUACAUCGGGUAGAAUGAAAAAAAUGUUUGGCCUAAUGUUAGAAUGUGGGAAACACUUAGAUGAAUAUCUCAAUUCGCUGAAAUUGGAUGGUAAAGGAUUAAUAAUAGACGUGAAGGAUAUAAGCUCUAAAUUAACUAUGGAUAUAAUCAGUAGCACUGCUUUCGGGCUUGAUGUGAACGCGUUCAAAGAUCCGAACACUGAUUUCCGCAAAUAUGGCAAGAUGAUACUUCAAACUAAUUAUAUACGUGGCUGGGCGAUACUCGGAUUUUUCUUUCUUCCAAAUCUAGUUCGUCUGUUUAAACUAACAAUGUUCGGUAAGGAUACUACCAUGUAUUUGCGUAAACUUUUCUGGGAGACAAUCACUAGACGUAUGAAUUCUGGCGAGAGGAGAUACGAUCUUAUCGAUAUUUUGAUCGAGCUCAAGAAGAACAAUAGUGAUGAAGAAAUUGAGGGCUUCAAAUUCGAUGGGGAUGAUCUCAUGGCACAAGCAGCUAGUUUCUUUACAGCUGGUUUCGAUAGUUCCGCAGUGCCGGCUGCUUUCGCGUUGUAUGAACUCGCGUUGCAACCCGACAUUCAAAGUAAACUGAGAGAAGAAAUACACGAGGCGCUUAACAAUUCCGAUGGAAAUGUCACAUACGAUAUGCUCAUAUCGUCAUUACCAUAUAUGGAUAUGGUGAUAGCAGAAGCUUUAAGAAAGUAUCCACCGUUGGGAUUUUUAAAUCGCAAAGCAAUGCAAACUUACAAAAUACCGAAUUCUAAUCUCGUACUUGAGAAGGGUACACCGGUUUACAUCCCGAUGCUUGGCCUACAUUAUGAUCCGCAAUAUUUCCCCGAUCCUGAAAAAUUCGAUCCGGAACGAUUUAGUGAGGAGAACAAACGCAAUAUACCGUCAUGUGUUUACUUUCCAUUUGGAGGAGGUCCACACGCGUGUAUAGGAAAUCGCUUCGGACAUUUACUGAUAAAACUAAUACUCACUAAACUCUUAAAUGAGUGUGAAGUGACACCGUGCGAAAAAACUCUGAUACCAAUAAAAAUUGAACCGUUAAUAUCCACGACAACCCCAUUAAAUGGCGUAAUGUAUCUCACCUUGCGAAAAGUUAAUACUGUUGAUUAAAAUAAGAAAAAUAUAUUAACUUUUUAAUAUUUUUUAUAUAUACUAAAAAAAGAUAUAAAAUGUUUAAUAUAUUAACAUUAGCGGACUAAUCUGUAUUAAUAACAUAAUAACAUAAUAAGAAAUAUAUUUUUUGUCACAUGUGCGUCGAAGUGAUUCUUGUGAAUUGACAAGUGAGAAAAGGACCAUUUUCGAUGCACAGGUAUAGCGAAAUGCGCUAUUUCAACACGAAAGACUUCAAUUCUUAUUCCAACAUGUAUCUAGAUUGUUGCAGGAGUAACAAAAUAUCAAUUCAACUCUUAAACUCGACUUUAGGAUAAUACAUAUAACUUACGACUACUUACCAACAUAAAAUUUAAAAUAUAUUUUGCUAUAGUUACAAAAAAUAUAUAAAGGGGAAUUUUUGUCAAAUAUUUUUUGGUCAUCGGCAGAAUGAUAGUUUUUUCUUUAUUCAUCUCGACAUUGUAAAUAUAUAUAUAGGAGGCAGGCACGAGAGCAGCCGGUCAUAUGCUGAUGCGAUGAUAUAUGUAUGUACAUAUACAGCUAUAUAUGUAUAUCCAUUUUCAUUCACUUAUUCUCAUUUACAAAAUAACGUUAUAAUAUUAUAUUAGUAAUUCGCCCACGAGCAUUAACUGUAUUUUUGUUCUUCUUCCUUUAGCUCUUCGUAUAUCAGGUAAAUAUAUACUAUAUAGGUAAAUCGGGUCAUAAAACGUCUUAAAGACGUCUAAAAGACGUCUUUCUGAUAGUUUUAUAAGACGUUUUAUAAAAAUAUAAGACGUUUUUUAGACGUCUUUAAGACGUCAUAAUGUUCUCUGGCGCUUCACGCCGUCUGCAUCGCCAUAUAUAAUAAAUAUAAUAACCUGAGCGGUCUACCGGAUUACCAGUAACAGCAGCAGAAGCAAAACUUAAGCACAACACUAUAUUAUGGUCUAUCAUCUGGUUUAUUGUGAAAUUAUUGUCAGAAACGUUAAAGCCCAGCAAACCUUAAAUAUUCAACACACAAUGUAAUAGAAAAUUGGCUUAUCAGAACAAAGGACAAACUUGUGCGUAAAGAAAGAGAAACUAAAAUGAACAUUUAUGAGUGUCUAUGAUUUAUGUUGUAUGAUUCCUCUAAAUCAUCUAACGAUUUGUCUGUCGGCGCCAAUAAACUUCCUAGAUAAUUGGGUAUGCAAGUUAGUGCUGGAUUAUCGGUCGUAUGCAUCUCACGUGUUGCAAGAUAGAAUCCGCCUCCGAUAUAGCAUUCACUGAAACAAAUGAUCUAUAUAAUUCCGUCUGAACUAAUUUGAGUAAACAUAUUUAUUCAAUUACAUUAUUACUCACAUAGUAAAUCAAACAAACAUCAGCUUCCAAAUUUGCUAUUCGUAAAUCCAGUUCCUGCCUUUGUAUCAGUAAAUAUGGAGAUCUCGAAUCCUUCCAAAACUGUUUUCUCAGAUGUAAUAAAAUCCAUUUUUGCAAUCAACGCCUAGAAUGUAAUGCAUUUUUUGUCAGUGUAAUAAAAUAAUUCAGGAAAUUAAA